GCACCACUACGUCAAGCCAUGACGUAAAGACGCAUAGCGUUUUGACUCAGAGCUGGCACAUGUUAACGUAAUGUAGAAGAGGUGAUCAUCAUGGCUUGGAAGUCGAAGACCCGUAGUCUACAGGUGUUUGACACGGAGCUGAGCGCUGACACAGUGGAGUGGUGUCCUGUUCCAGACAGCCAUGACAUCCUGGCUUGCGGGACAUAUCAGCUGCAGAAAGGGGGGGGAGAAGCGAAUGGCACCCCCAGCCGGACCGGUCGCCUGUAUCUUUUUGAAUUUCAGCGAGAUGGAGCGAUGGGCCCUCCGCUUGCUGAGCUACAGCGCAUGGACAUGGCAGCUAUUUUAGAUAUGAAAUGGUGCCACGUGACUCUAUGUGAGAGGCCAGUGCUGGGAGUAGCAGCUGCUACGGGGGAGCUGCAGCUGUACAGACUGUCAGAUAGCCAGGAAGGCGGGCGCAGUCUGCAGACUCUGUGCAGUUCAGAGGUUGGAGCAGAGCGGCUGGCUUUGUCAUUAGACUGGUCCACAGGAAGAAUGGACAGCAGUGACAUGCGAGUGACUUGCAGCGACUCUGCAGGCUGUGUGAGUGUGUUCUCCCCGGCCGACGGUGCUCUGAUGGCUCUGUCUCACUGGAAGGCCCACGACUUCGAGGCCUGGAUCACAGCCUUCUCCUACUGGGACACGCAGCUGGUUUAUUCUGGUGGCGAUGACUGCAAACUCAAAGGCUGGGACCUCAGAGUUGAUCCCGUCAGCCCUGCUUUCACCAGUAAAAGGCACUCAAUGGGCGUGUGCAGCAUUCACAGCAACCCCCACCGGGAGCACAUCCUGGCUACAGGCAGUUAUGAUGAGCAGGUUUUGCUGUGGGAUGGCAGGAACAUGCGGCAGCCCCUCAGCGAGAGCCCGUUGGGUGGUGGGGUUUGGAGGCUGAAGUGGCAUCCAGCCAAUCCGCACCUGCUGCUCGCCGCCUGCAUGCACAAUGACUUCCACAUCCUUCACUGCCAGCAGGCUCUAGAGGGCAGUGGUGGAGCUUGUCCUGUUGUGGCCUCCUACAUCCUCCACAACUCCUUGGCGUAUGGAGCCGACUGGUGCAGGCUGUCCCUGGACAGUCCUGCUCCUUGCUCCCCUCCCAUCACAGAACCAAAGGAAAGCCUCGCAGAGAGCAGAGGACACUUACGGAUUCAGUACGAAUCUCCCACCGCCAGUUUUGACACUUCCUUGGAGGAUGAUACUGGACAAUACAUCCCAGAGGGACCUGCAACGCCCACAACCUCCCCUACUUCAGGCCCAGCUGUCAACCCUGACCAGGACGCUCCCUCGCUGUCCUGUCUGCUGGCUAGCUGCUCGUUCUAUGACCACAUGCUCCAUCUAUGGCGCUGGGAUUGGACUCCAGACGACACUCAAAAGGAAUCGAAUCUAUGCUGAUCGAGCUGCAGCAAUAUCUGAGAUGACACUAAAAAUAUUCUUUAUCAAAUUCCACCAUGUACCCGAGUAGAAUUUAUAGUUGAAAUACAACAUAGACAUGAUGCACUGUCAUUUCCUUCACUUUGUUUAUCCAAAAUGAGUCGUCAACCCUGGAUUAGCCUCACAGAAUAUACUAGUAAAAUCAUCUAUUUUAAUAAUGACAGUUUUUAUAUUCAACUGUUUAAAAUUCUUAUAUUCCUCUUUACUGUGGAAGCAAGAGCAACACAACUACCACCGCAUUAUGAAACAACUUAAGAAUGACCAGAUUUAACCGUACCCAUGCAGAAUGUGUAAAUGUGGCGACCAUCAGCCAUAAUGGACAUGUCUUCCUCUUUUACCUCCUCUGCCCUUCAGGGGGCUUUGUGCUCUUCAGGUCAAGUGUUAGACAUUUAAGUCUCUUUAAUUUUAAUAAAUGUUUAAGUGUG